AUGUCUCCGCUGCUGUUUGUCCUCUGCCUAGAACCGUUGAGUAGAGUCCUCACUGCCCAAUUCGAACAAAUGUCGAUCGAACAUGAAGGAGGGUGUUUUAGCACCAACCAUCUCAUGUUCAUAGACGACAUUAAGCUGUUCGCUCGGUCUUCAGAGAUCCUCCACUCAAUGGGUAAAGUCCUGAAAGGUUUCAUGAAGGCCGUGGGGUUGGAGCUCAACUACGACAAGUUGGCGACUAACACCCCUGUGUGUGGUGACCUAGUCAAAGUCUUGGAGGAACACCAAGGAUAUAAGUAUCUUGGUGUGGUUGAGAGUCCAGCCUUAUUAAUCACACCCGAAACGAGAAAGUGUGUAGUGGAGGGUGUGCGUAGUAGGGCGGCAAUGUUAUGUCAGACUCGGCUCAAUGCACGGAACUUAUUUCAUGCCUUGAACGAGUACGCCAUCUCAUUGCUAAACUACUACGUUGGCCUGAUCGAAUUCGAGCCGAGUGAGUACGAUGAAAUGGACCUUAUUGUCCGAAGAGUACUCCGAGAGAAUCAUGUCCACGUGUUGGCAAGCAAUAAGGAGAGAUUGUACUUGUCUCGCGGGCAGCUAGGACGUGGACUGAGUAACAUCGUACACUUAAGUGAGCGAAUUCUUACUAAGAUGCACGACACCUUGUGGAGUGGGUCGAGUGUAUCCCAAAGGAAGGCUGCCAUCCUUGCUGCUGAAAAAGCGCGUGGUACACACCUAGGGACCAUAAAAGGCUAUGUGUCGGCUAAGUAUGGUCUAGGUGUUACCCAAGUUAAUGUGAAGGAGUUGAUCAAACUUCAAAAGGAGUCUUUAAUUAAAAAGAUCAACUUAAAAGUCCUUCACAAGACUCUCUUUAGCAGCCUGGACAACCCGCACAUUGACGUAUCGUCGUCAUCUACGUGGCUGAAAUAUGGGAAUAACUCUCCCCGAUCAGAAGGGUUGUUCUCAUAUUUGCAGGAUAGAAACUUUUUUAAUGGUCAACGGAAACAGUGUAACCACUGUAAGAGUAAGGCAAUGACCGUUGACCAUUUAGCCACGAAGUGCGGGAGUAUGUUUACCAUGAUUACAGAUGGAGGCAUAACGAGGUGGUGA